AUGGUAGAUGAACCGAUGCUUCAAGAACAAGAGUUUGAGUCCUACGAGACAGGCGCCGAGCUAGCUAAGAGGGAUUCAGGAGACCACGCGUUGAUUAGAUUUCAAGAGAAUGUCGAUUCAUUUGGCGCAACGAACGACAGUAAGACAUUACAAUCGGAUGGGAGUGCUGACAGAUCUUUGAAUAUCCUGACGAGUGAUGGGAUGGCUGAAGAAACCGGCCAAUCAGUCAAAUUUGGUCCAAUUGCCGAUAGCAGCUCCGAUAUCGUACCUGAAUCGCUGCCUUCACAUUUGAUUACUCUCGAUCCACAGUCCUCCCACCUAGCCAGUCUCAAUGCGGCACCUGUUUCUUCAGCUUCUUCAGGCUUGAAAAUCGCACAUCAGUCGAAUCACCCUAGUCAAGAUAAUCGAGCUGCAUCGAAAUUCGGUAACCUAAACUGUUCCACCGAUCUGUCUCCUACUCGGACCUCUCUUUCAGCCGCAUUAGCCUCACAAUCUAAACCAGUAAGAAAGCCGACAAAUUUGAGAUCAUCACGGAAAAUGACGGAGAUUGAAGUCACAGACGCAGCCUACACAACUUUCAAGGCGUUGCUAUAUUUCUUGUACACAGAUUCAAUAUCUUUUGCCCCAUUGUCCUCGACAUAUCAUUGCUUGAAAGAUGAGGCUUUGGAAGCAGGGGUCCCAUUCUGUUACCCCUCUCGAAAAGCCUAUGGAAAUGCAGUGAUAGCCAAGGCGGCCUUUAUCGGGAGUGGGGGCCAAACGGCCCCGAGUGGAUCUGCAGUGGAUCCCAGUCUGGUAUGCAGUGCGAAAGCCAUAUAUCGAUUGGCGGAUAAGCUGAAUCUGACGGAGCUCAAGUCGAGAGCCUUUGAGCACAUCACGCGAUCCUUGACGGUCCAAAACAUACCGAUGGAAGUAUUCUCCAGUUUCACAUCAGCAUAUGAAGAAAUAAGAAAGAUCGAAGUCAACUACAUGUUGACGCAUUGGAACGAAGUUCGAGACGGAAGAUCGAUGAAGACUGUCUUGAAGAUGUUGAGCGAUGGUGGAAAAGUAUGCUCAGGCUUCAGUGAGAUCUGGUCUGUUUUACUAUCGAACUUAGAGUUCAAGCCCAAGUCCAUCGAUAAUACUCUCAGCCUUGGAGUCGUCAGUGCUGGACCUCAAGAAGUCGGACAUCUUCAACACCAUCAAAACGAUAGUAGUCAAGAUGCUGUCGUACCUUCUGCUGGUGGCAGCGCUGUUGGUGGGAUGGGCGCUUCUUCCCAGGGCAGAGAAGCAAUUGAAUUGAUAUGGACUCCUGUUGAUCGUGCCGUUCAAGGCGGUGGCAGUGGCGCUAGCAACUAG